ACUUCGUGUCUGAAAUAAAGCUGAGACACAAAGAGGCCCAUUGAUGACACAGAGCUGCGGAACUGCAAAACCUCAAGAAGAGCUACGUCUUUAAUUCAAAUAACAGUCUGCAAGGAGACAACACACAUCUGAGCCACAACGAGCCAGAGGUUACAACAAGCCACUUUUACCAUGAAAUUAUCUUCUGCUCUGGUUUUUGCACUCGUUCUCUCCAUCAUCAGGGCUCAGGUUCCCCACUGGGGUCCGUGUCCAGAACCAGCUGUUCAGCCUGCCUUCAACCUUAAACAGUUCUUGGGGAGAUGGUUUGAAAUUGCCAAACUGCCGGCCCAGUUUGAGAAGGGCCGGUGCAUUGAAACCAAUUUUACUUUGAAGACGGACAACUCCAUUCGAGUGGUCAGCUCUGAAAUACUAAAAGGAGAGCUGAGGAAAAUUGAAGGGACUGGAGUUAUAGAGGAUCUGAAGAAUCCAGCCAAGAUGGGAAUAAGUUAUUCCUACGUCCUUCCCUACUCCCCCUACUGGAUCCUGUCCACUGACUAUGUGAAUUCGGCCCUGGUGUACUCUUGCACCGACAUUCUGAGGCUCUUCCACGUCGACUUCGCCUGGAUCCUGGGCCGAACACGGACGCUGCCAGACUCCACCAUCCAGAAAGCCAUGGAAAUCUUUGCCCAAAACAACAUCGAUGUGAGCAGGAUGAUUCCCAGCAGGCAGCAGGGCUGUGAAAAAAGUCUGUGAGCAGCAGUAGAAAUGCAACACAAGAUGGUGCUGUUGUUGACAGAAGGGGGAGAAUGCUUUGAGUAUUUUUUAUUUUUUUUUUCCAGAAAAAUCUUUGACUAAUAUUACUGAGAAAACAGUUUUUUCUCCCUGUCUUUCCAGCAUUGUAACUGUUUGUCUAGACACUAGAUUAAGUAGUUUGAUGUGAUGGUGUUUUAAGUACAACAGUAUAAAUUCAUACAAAGUCUUAGUUUUACCACCUGAUAACACUGAUUAUGGUAUUGUAAGCACAGAAGAAUAUUUUCUCUUAACUAUUAACUUUGUUGCAAUGACAAAUGUUUUGUUUGCAGUAUAUAGUAGUGGAAUUAUAUUGUAAUCAGAUGAUGCUGUGUAAUCUGAAUAUCUAUCACACAAACUAGCAGCAUAAAGGACCCAAUUAAUAUUAAUAAAAGAGAUAUACUUCAUGUGAUAUUUGCUGGGUCAGAGGCAUUUUGUCAAAGAUGAAAAUGUCUUCAUCAUAUCUUUAUAAUCAGAAAUAAAAACUGGUUUGAAAAGCUG